AGAUUUUAGAAUCCAGAUCAAUAUAUGAAUAUAUAUUAAAACAACACUUAAAUGUGUCAAAAUUGAAAAAUAAUACUUACGUGUUAAUUUAUUAAUAGCUUAAAAGCUGUAUAUUUAUAAGUUUGCACUUACGUGUAAGGUUAUACAUACUACUUACGUAGACGGAUUUUAAUAUUCAACCAUAAAUAAAGCUGCUAUUGAACAUAAGCACUUACGUGCCGAUUUACAAAUUGCACUUACGUGUGAUUUUAGAAUCAACAUUAUUUACUAUAGUGUAUUGGUACACUAGGUUAAUCUCUGUAGUCUACUUUGAAGUAGACUGGAGAUAUUCAGAUAUUAGAAAAGUAUAAAUACAGGAGACUCGCCUUGAGCGACUUCAGUUUUAAGCAUGCCGCCUCCUAAGAGGCACUUACAAAAGAAGAAAUCCGAGUCGCCUACAGCAGCUAACCCGCAUAAGCAAGUUAAACACCCGAUCUUCCUUAAGGAAGCAAUGUCUAAGAAGGCAACAGAAGCUUCUAAGGAAGCAAGUGCUUCUAAAGAACCAGAGAGUACUAAGGUAACAAGUGCUUAUAAAGCACCAGAUGUUUCAUUAACAUCGCAAGUUACUAAAGCAACAAGUGCAUCUACAGCACCUGAUCCAUUAGUGGAUACAUCUCCUGAAGAAGGAGAAGUAGCUGGCCUAAGGCUGACAAGAGGCAAAUCUAAAGAGAUUGCAAGUUCUUUAAAGAACACUGAAGCUGGAUCAUCUUUAGAAGAUGGAUCACAAGCUAUGGAUGUGGAUCCUAUAUCAGACGAGGAGCAACCUUUACAGGUUUCACCUCGUACGGCCUCUAAAGGUCAUGCACUAUUUUCAGAUAGUGAUCAGGAGUCAACUCCUACUAAUAAAAAGACUCAAAGUCUAGUAGUGGGCAGCUCUGCAGAAAUGCAAAGCACUGAGCACUAUGAAAACCCAAAGACUCCAUCAUCCAGCUAUAGUAUUUCUUUAGAGAUGAUUCAAACUGGAAUGCCAAAGAUGUCGCCAAGCGAGGAAGGUCCUCGAGUUCAGGUAGCUGAACAAGAACUACAGAGUUCUAAUGUAGUAAAAGUCC